UUCAAGCUGGAAAACUUGGACCCUGACCAUUUGAAUAAUACCCCCAAAGCGGAGCGCGAUUUUGUAUUCUACAAUCGCCUGGAAAAGACAGGAAGUCAGUCGAUGACGCGACUCAUCAAGCAGCUGGGUGAUCGUCUUGGGUUUGACACCUACAGAAACAUCGUGCGACCCUCGAAGUCAAUUACCGAAUCCGAGGAGGACGAGAAUGACCUGGUGGAGCAGCUCUUUGAACUGGGAGAACACGCGGUCUACGUGGAGCACGCCAAUUGGGUCAACUUCACGAAGCACGAGAGUCCUCGUCCCAUCUACAUCAACAUGAUUCGCCAUCCCAUUCAGAAGGUGAUUAGUGCCUACUACUACCAGCGCCAUCCACUGAUCUUCGCCCAGAGUUUGAUGCGGAAUCCCAAUAAGCCAAUGCAGAGCAAGAAAUUCUUUGACACCACCUUCAAUGAUUGCGUCAGGAAUCGGGUGCGCCCGUAUUGUGUUUUCGACGCCCACAAUCCGUUCAACGGCGAUUGGAGGAGGUUCUCCCUACAUCUUUGUGGGAACUCGGAGAUUUGCACGCAUUUCAACUCGGAAACUACCACGCAAAUCGCCAAAAUGAAUGUGGAACGGGAGUACGCCGUUGUGGGUAGUUGGGAGGACACAAAUGUGACAUUGGCUGUGUUAGAAGCCUACAUACCGCGGUAUUUUACCGAUGCCACAAAAGUCUACUACAACAAGACUGAGAAUUUUACUAUAAACACGGUUUCGCAUGACACUCAUCUGGAUAAGGAUGUGGAGGAGUAUCUGAAGAGCAGUUUCUCCUUCGAGAUCGAGCUAUAUCUGUUUAUCAAGCAGCGACUCUACAAACAGUAUAUAGCAGUGCACAAAAACGGACUUUAG